AUGCCCGUGCAUGUAAAUGAUUAUGAAUUUGAAGCUGUUGAUGAAUUUAAAUAUCUUGGGACUACUGUAAUUCGCAAAAAAGACAUAAAUACUGAAGUCGAUAGCCGUAUAGCAAUGGCAAACAAGUGCUACUUGGGUUUAAGAAGCCAACUAAAAAGCCCUGACUACUGGGGUUUGCUCAAUCCAGACUGGAAGUUGUGUACAAGGGGUCGGCGACAAUCUCCUGUGAACAUUGAACCUUCUGUACUGCUGUACGACGCGGCAAUGGGGAAAGUGGACGUGGACGAAGAAAAGGUAAAUGGUACUCUCAAAAACACUGGACACAGCGUUCGAUUCCGCUUAGAUCCUGACAGUCCUUCAGUGAUGGUCAACGGAGGACCGUUAUCAUAUAAGUAUCGAGUGCACGAAAUUCUGUUACAUUACGGAAGAACUGAUGACAAGGGAUCGGAACAUACGAUUUCCGGUCACGCAUUUCCGGCUGAGUUGCAGAUAUUAGGCUAUAAUAAUCAGUUGUACGACAACAUGUCUGAAGCUAUACCUAAAACUCAAGGAGUUGUUGGACUUGCAGUAAUGAUGCAGCUUGCAAAUAUUUCAAGUCCAGAUGUGCGUUUACUUACAUCUAACUUAGAAAAAAUUCUACAUAAAGGGGAAAGUCAAAACAUAACACAUAUCUCAGUUAGAGGUCUAUUACCAGAUACAAGUCAGUUUAUGACAUACGAAGGCUCCAUAACAAUGCCUGGAUGUCACGAAACCGUAACUUGGAUUAUUCUAAAUAAACCAGUAUACAUAACAAAAGCAGAGAUAUUUUUGAUGAGAAAACUGAUGCAAGGAGAUAAGGCAAAUCCUAAAACCAUUCUAGCUAACAAUUAUCGUCCUCCACAGCCUCUCUACAAUCGCUCCGUCCGAACAAAUGUGUUCAACCAUGACAUCGGAGAUAACAAGUGUUUCAAUUCAAGGAAAUUGUUUUAUAGAGGUCGUGAGCCAGACCGAAGUGUCGACUCCAGCUCUAGCAAAAUCUUUGAAGUGAAGAACCAUUGGCUCCGAUCAGUGGACGGAAAAAUAGUAUCUUUUUCCCAAGCUAACAUGGCUGCUAUCUCAGCAGAUGACUUUGCAAAUCAUAGUUUGGAGAAUAGAUUUUCAUCAACAGAAAACAUGGAGUAUGAACCAUAUGAGACGGAAGAACCAUGA